GUUAAAGCAAAAAUUUGUAUCGUUAAUGUUAUUAUUAUUUUUAUCAAACUAAUGAUUCCUAUGGUGGAAAGGAAAAAAUAGAACAUUUGACAAAACGUUUACUUCAUUUUAACAAAAGUGUUAUGAAUCAGCAUAUACAUUUAUUAUGGACAUUUUAUUAAUAUUUAAAAUGGUUUUUAUUUUAAUUUAAGGGGUUUUGUUGACAGCUGUAAUUGAAUGUGAUGGUUGUGUGAUAGAUUGUGAUGUGCCCCGUGAUAUCCCUAGUUCCAAGAGAUUUUACAAAAAUGCAGCAAAAGGGGUUUUGUUGACAGCUGUAAUCGAAUGUGAUGGUCAUGUGAUAGAUUGUGAUGUACCCCGUGAUCUUCCUAGUUCCAAGAGAUUUUACAAAAAUGCAGCAAAAGAUAAGCCACAACUCAAAGCUACGAAAGCCUUUCAAAAACUACUCUCAUUUCAUAAAGAAGGAUCAAAACAAACAGACAUGAACACAGAGUUCGAAAACAGUAUCCUAUUAGAUGAAAGUAUGGUGUGUCGUUAUAUCUUAGCUAAUUUUAAGAAUCUUUUCGAUGAUACGUAUACCUUACAGAAAGUAUUGCGUCUAGCAAUGGAAAAUGGAAAACCAAAAUGUGCAAAAGCUAUUGCAUGGGAAAUUUGCAAGCGGUAUGCAAUGACAGUCUCAAUCAUACAGUACUAUGAUAUUUGGCCAGGUUUUAAAUGUAGCUGUAGUACACAAAAUACGUCAGAUGACAUUUUUUUUUGCUCGUGUAAUGCAGUUAUAGUUGCUGAAGUUCACAAAAUGGAGAAGUUAUCACCUAAAAGUGAAGCAUUUAAUGGUAUCCCUAUUGUGUAUAAAGAAGUAAACGGACGUUUUAAGGAAGCGAUGUCUGUAAUGGAAAAAAUUGAUAGUACAAUCGAUGCAGCGAGAUCUUAUGAGAGUUGCCAAAAUGUAUCGGCAGAAAAUGCCACAAAGUACUUUGCAAAGCAUAGUAAAUUGACUAUGAUUUCUAAAUCUCAUUUGAAAUCAAAAGGAUUUGGCGAAGAAAAUCAAAGAUUUAAAAGAGUCACUUGUAUCCAAUUCUUCUGCAGAGCAAAAGGAAUAAUACCGAUUGGGGAAGCACAUUUUCCUUACAAUAUAGCUUCUGUUCAAACGGAUAUUUUUGAAGGAUAUCCAAGACUACAGGCUAAACAGAUAAGAAUAGGUACCGAAUUUUUUGUUCCCACAGAAGAACAAAACAAGUCUGCUAAUAGACAAAAUGUAGCAGCAAUACCUAAUAGUGAAGAUGAAGAAAUGGAUAUAGAUAUUGACGUAAACAGACCGUUUAAAGGGAAAGCAGGAACAAUAGGUGGGUUUCUUAAAUUCCAUGGCGAAGAUGCAUUCUUAACAUGCGCACAUGUGAUACUUUCUCCGGAUUUUCUGAUAUCGCAUACAUUUGGAUCUGAACUUCAUGAAAAUCCAGUAAAAAUAUAUUGCAAAGAUGCAAAUGGUUUGAGUGGAGUUAUUCCUUGUGGACAUUUAGCCAGUUUUACCUUCCCCCCAAAUGAGAUUAAUGGAAUAAGCAUUGACGCAGCCAUUAUAAAAAUUGAUCAGAACCAUGCUAAAAUUCACAUUGAUGAUGCAGAAAAACGAGAACUUAAGUCAAACUAUUUACAGAAAUGUUGCCUUGACUGGCAGGAGGUAGGUGUACAUACAAAUUUCGAAGUACGAACGUUCGGAGCAGUUUCGUUGGACCAACAUAUUAAAGAUAAAGCUGAAAUAAUUGAAGGAAAACAUGUGGAGUUUGAGACAUUAUAUCAAGCUGUUGCUAAUGUUUAUCGAGAUAUUAACCCAGCAAAUGUGCAAGACAAUAUCCAUUUCGCUGUCCAAGCUCUCGAUAUUGUAUCAAAGAGACAUUCUGACCGUCCACAAAGCGUUUAUUUUCGUAAUCAGAUAGCAAUGCAGAAGAUUAAAUUCCAACAAGGAGAUUCUGGAAUGUGCAUUUACGUACGCCAUAACGAUGGAUUAUUUUGGUGCAUAGGAAUGGCAAUUGCAACACAUCCUGCCGGAGGAUGUAUUAUUACACCAUUAAAGGCAAUUCUGAGGCACUUUAAUUACUGAUUUGAUUCACAAUUAGAUAAAUAUUUUUCGAUACACCCUUUUUACAACGUGCAUGCAUGUUUUUGUAUGUUAUAAGACCGAAUUAGUACUGUCGGAAAUAUUUGGAAUUAUUCUGCCGAAUUUUAAAACAAACGUUCAUACAAGUUAUAUGAAAUUAUUUCUGUUAAGCCUGACAUUUUGAGUAGGAGCUUGGCAACGCGAUUUUUAAUCCCGUCGUCGCCGGCGUUGUCAACAUUUAGGUUCAGUUUGUGAUAACAGUUUUAAUAUUCUAAUGACUUAAAUUCUUGAUGGAUUUUUAAACAAAUGAUCGAUUUAUUAUCAUCAAAAUAAACUAUACAGAGAAAUAUUUCUAAAAGUAUGUAUUUUUUUUUUAAAUUCCGAAAAUUUCGGUUAAAAGUACAGUUAAUCUAAAGCAUAUUUGACGAAUGUCAAUCUAACUGUAUCGGGAUCUUUACAGAACUCUUUCUUCAAUUCAGAGCAAAUUGUGAGCCAAAUACCACGUAUGUCAACAAGUUUUCUGACAAAAUAGCAAGAUUCCUUACAAGUACUUCGUAAUCGUUCAUAUGUUUUUUUUUUAUUCAUUUUCACUACAAACUCAAUAGAGCUUUUGUUAGAAUGUAAUGUAAAAAUGAGUAUGUUUGGAAUGAAUUAAAUCAAAAAAUUGAAAUAGAGUUAACAUAUUCAAAAUUUCAAUUUGAGCGAUUGAUAAUUUCCUUUUGUUGUAUACAUAUAACAAUAAGGAGGUGUGGUAUGAUUUCCAAUGAGACAACUAUCCAUCGCAUUCAAGUGGAGUGGAUUUAAGCAAGUAUACGCAACCGUACUGCCUUCAACAAUGAGAAAAACACAUAGCAUAUAGUUUGCUAUAAAAUGUCCCGACAUGAAACAAUGAAUUCAAUUGAGAUUACUAAUGACCUUAUUUAUAACAAAACAAUUUACGAACAACAAUGACAGACAUGAACUAACGACAACCACUGGACUACAUACGGUUUUAAAUAUAGUUGAACAGUGACUGUGACAUGUUUGGAGAAUGUUUGUGUUAUUAAAACUCGAAAAGGGCCAACAUGUUGUAAAUGAUCAUUCUGGUGUGCAAACUGUACUUUCCUAAUUGAUUUAUGUAUUUAUAUAUUUAUAGAGUUAAACAUGUAUUAUAUAUUUAUUUGUUAUUUAUUGCUUUAUUUAUUUCAAGGCUUAUACAAAUCAUAACUGAGAGGGUUUUGAUUAUUGAAACUAUUAUUUGCAAAAUGUUUUUUUUGAGACAUAAAAACAUUUUUCGCAAUUGUAUUUUGUACUCGUUUGCUUUGAGCAUUAUAUAUACCAGUUUUAUAAGAACUGCAAGUAUAGUGCCUACUUAAGAAUUCGAAUAGGUUAGAUUUUUUCAGAGUUUUUAGCUUAAUUCUAUUUACAUGGCUAAUAUUUCAAGUUUUUUUUUAUCUAAACAUUACCGAAUCAGAUGCGCGUUUGGUCAGACCUUUAUUGUAUGUUUUAAAGUUUGUUUUGCUCUUCAACUUGUCAAUAUUCUGAAGUGGAGACAAAAGGGCUAAGCCAGCAUUUUGAUCUCACCAACUGCCAUUUUUCUACCACUUUAAAGGAUCUGAGAAAAAAGUAAAAUAACAAAAAUACCGAACUCCAAGGAAAAAUUAAAAACGGAAAGUCCUUUAUCAAAACGAUCCUUUCUACUUUCUGGUGUGAUAAUUAUCACCUAAACCAAAAGAAAAGAAACCGACGAAUUUAAUCAGAAAUUAUAAAUGAGCGUUGUCAGAUUCAAACACGUAUAGUCAUAUAACUCCUAGAUUGAAACAUUUUGUUUAAAUCAGCAAAUCAAAUUUGUUUUUUGUUUUUUAAGGAUCAUGUUUUUUUUUAUAAAUGUUUAAACCAAUAAAAUUUGAGCUUUCUACAAAUGAACGGGCUUCCAUUUUUUUUAAUUUAAAGAAUGGGUGCUCUCUUUGAAGUCCGCUUUAACAAACAUUUUUCAAUUUAUAUUUCUUCAUCUGAAAUACGUAUGAAAUGAUUCGAUAAUGCUGACUAUCAAUAUUUAUAAAUACUUAUAUAACUGCGUUCACUUGUAGCAAUCAAAAUAUUUCUAAGCAUGGAUAUGUCUUGUGUCUGCAUAAAAAAUGCGAAAAAGAAAACAACCUUAAGACUCCGAAUAUACUCUUGUAAAAAUAGAUUAAUUCACAAUUCUAUCUUUAAACAAUGUACACAUAUCUAAGUUUGUAUGCGCAGUAUACACCAACUAGUUUUCGAAUAUGAUUAUAUUUUUAGUUUUGAUUGUUUGUUUUUGUCGAUAGACAUCAUAAAAAAGUUCAUGAAACGAUCUCCACAACAUGUCUUAUAUCAACAGUUUAAAUACAACUUGAGAACGUUAUAUAUCAAAUUAUAGCCGUGAUAUUCAUCUAGUCCUUAUAUUGUUUGCUAUUGCAUUCAAUUCCAUGAUACCAGAUCAAUAUAUAUAUACGGAAUGUUUCAAAACUCUGACGUCUGAUAGUAUAAGAUCAUCACAUAUUCUUUGAAUACCCAGAGCCUCUAUUGAAUACCUUUUCAUUUUGUGUUACUCAAUAUAUAUUGCAUAUAUUGCCUCUGUUGAUUAUCAAAUAACGAAUACAUUAAAGAGAAAAAGUUAGAAUACGAGAAUACUCCGAGGGGUUAUAGGUAAAUGAAAAUUACAAAUAUAUAUAUGUAAGACUCAGAUCGACGUCUGGUCUCUAAUCGACGUCCGUUCCUCAAAUCAAAGUUCAAACCUGAUGUCAUAGUAAAAUAAUAUUGCAAAUUGACGGCCAAUUAUAUGCCACUCUAAUCAACGUCUUUUAUUUUGGUUCUAAAAUCGACGUCCAACUUUUUGCUUUUCUAAUUAACGUCCUGUUUACGGACUAUCCGCAAUGACGUCAACACUUUAUCUAAUGAAAACAACUGUCACAUACCUGAUUUGAUACAAACAUUUUUCGAAUGCAAAUGUCGUUAACAAAUGCAAUAUUUUAAAUCUUGCAGAGUCAAAAUAAUAAUACUUUUCAACAAUUGACUGUACUUCUUUAUCGUUUCAAUUGAUCGAGACUGUAUAUUACAACCUUAGAUGUCUUUCGGUUAUCUUUGUAUUUGGGUUUCUGUUUCAUUGUCAUAUAUCCACAAGUCAUUUAUUAAUAUACAUAUGAACGGAAUAAGACAACAUAGACCGAGUGGAUUAUGUUCGUUCACCAAAACAAGGAUUAUGCGUGAACACGUAAUAUGAUGUCGGUAUCUUCUUAGUGGCAUUUACUGAUAUUUGCUCUUUUAUUCCUAUUUAGUUGAAUAUUUAGGACGGGAUGCUAUCUUCUUUGUUGUUCCUUCUCAUAGUCAUAUCCGUCAAAUAAAUCAUUAUGAUUUGUUAAGAGUAAAGAUAUGAGAAAUCAAUUAGCUUUUUUUUGCAGCUUUAGUCAAGGGCAAAACGAUACUGUUAAAUACACAGAGAUUAAAUUCAGAAUAAAUGAAUAAAAAAUAUUGGACAUCGAUGAGUGGAGACUACAAUCGAUUGGACGUCGUUUUUGGUAUUAUAUGAAAUCAUAUUGGAAGUCGGUUAGAGGGUAAAAAUAUUUGAUAUUGAUUUCACGUCACGUCAUAUUAAACGUCCAUUUAAGGAACGGACGCCAAUUAGAGACAGGACGUGGAUCUAAGUCUCUAAUGUGUAACUGCAAAAUAUUAUAAACCAGUAUUACUAUUAGUACUUUCUUCACUACCGACAUAUCAUAAUAUUUUGAUAUUUGUUUUUGGCAUUGCGUAUAUAUUUGUAUUGUUCACAUGUCUUUAGCCUCAUAUGUACAUGACGCUUUGUUUUAUUUGUUUUGUAAACAAUAUACGUUUUUAUAUUCUGUAAAAAAGCUCAUCAAAGCUUAUGUUAAUAUGUUUUAUACUAUGCUGAAUUGAAAUAAAAUUUUCUAUCCAUCUA